AUGCUACUUAAAAUUGAUCAAAUUCUUGAUGAAACUAAUGAAACUAUCGAUAGUGUACGUGGUACUUUGUAUUUUUAUCAUUAUAAAUGUGAUGGUCAAGAUGAUUGUGGUUGGGGUUGUGGAUAUCGAACAUUACAAACAUUAUGUUCAUGGAUAAUUAAUAUUAAAGAAGAAUAUUCAACUUCUAUAGUUCCUUCUAUAACUAAAAUUCAAGAAAUUCUUGUUGAACUUGAAGAUAAACCUCUAUCAUUUAUUAAAUCAAAUCAAUGGAUUGGUACAUGUGAAGCAACAAUGAUACUUAAUCAACUUUAUGAUGUUGAUUGUAAAAUUAUUCAUAUAUCUAAUGGAUAUAAUCUUUUAAACUAUAUGAAUCUACUUUCGAAACAUUUUCAUGAUUUUGGUUCACCUGUAAUGAUGGGUGGUGAUGCUGAUGCUGCUUCAAAAUGUAUUCUUGCUGUACGAUUGAAUAAACAACUUUUAAUACUUGAUCCUCAUUACUCUGGUCCAAGUUUUACAUCGAUAAAUAAAUUACGUGAAACAAACUAUUUAAAAUGGUAUAAUGUACCGGAUGAUUUUGUAUCAAGUUCUUUUUAUAAUUUAUGUUUACCACAAUUAAAAAAAGUAUAA